AAUCAACAACAGAUUAUCAGUAUAAUACAUUUAUAAAUGCAUCCCAUAAAGUAGAAGAAGUGAAAUUUAAAAGUGUCCUGAUUUUAGUUGUUUUGUCCCAAAAUAACUAUAGUUAUAAAUAUUCUAAAAAGAUUUAAAGUAAAGUGACGUCUAAACUUGUGUACGUCCCUAUUUUAAGCCCAAUUUUCACUAGUUUUAUAAUUCAAUAAUAUUGCCAAAAUUCUUAAACUUAAUAAAACAAAAUCUUUAAAUUAUUUUAAAUGUGUUUUAAUAUAUUCUGCAACUGUAGUGAAGUAAACCUUGUGCUGUGCUAGCAAGUGAAUUUAAAAUAACCGAACUUUAGUUUUCUGUGUUGCAGACUUCCACACACACUCACGUUCAUAUUCAUAUAUUUAUAAAUCAGAAUCAGCUUUAAUGGUCAGCCAUGUAUACAUAAACUAGGAAUUUGACUCUAUUGUAUGUUGCUGUAGACGCACAUUCACAGGAGAAGCGUAAACAAAAGACUCAGGUCAUGUAUUUAAAUGGCAUCAUCACACUGCCUUAAAAAGACAUAAAAUUUACAUUUAGUUUGAAUUUUAAUCAUCACGAAGUCUGUUGAAAAAUAAAACAGAAAACACAACACUCGUCCCAAUAAAAGAAUUUCUGUUAGUGUUGAAAUGUUGCUUAGGAAAGUAAAGAUAAAGUAAAAACAGCUCUGUCACCACACUGUAAAGCAGCUAAUAAAGGAGUGAGUAUUUCUCCUGUAGAUCCAGUCACAAAUUAAAUUUAUUGUUCUAAUGUUCAGUCAAAUGUGUUUAAAUACAAACAGCAGACUAUCUGGUAGAAGAGAGCUGCAGUUAUUUAGAGAGCAGAAUAAGUGUCUGUGUGUUGCAAAUGAAAGCUUGCAAAUGAAGGAAAUUGAACCUCAUACAUUUGAAUGUUCAGAUUAAUUGAAAAAAUUAUUUAAGAUAUUUUAAAGCUGUGUUAAAGAAGAUUUGUCUUCUGGUAACUGAUCUAGUUUAUUUUGAAGUACGUGUCGACGGGACCUUUAAUCCGAAUGAGCAUUUAUUUUGAUUGUUUGCACAGUUAAAGGUUCCAUUAACUGUUAAAAUCCAGACUGUGAAACAACAAGAUCUGAGCACCUUCUUUUAAACCAAACCUCUUAAGACCGAGCGUGACUCCACAUCUACAGGCUCACGCUGUGGCCGAGCUUCGGUCAAACCCUCAGAUACGAGAUGGAAAUGAUGGAAAUCCCAAAGUUUGCAAAGAAGGAAAAACGUCAGGCUGAAUUUUGGGGAGAAUAUAUAUUGAAACUUGCAGUGCUGUCUGAAAUCAAUUGUCUGACUGAAUUUGAAAAAACAGCUCAUCUUGAAUGAAUUCAGUCUUAGUCGAGGACGUCGGUGUGUCUUGCUACCUGGCCAAGCUUCCACCUCUUGAUUACGACAAUUAACACUGAAGCAACAACCUAUUCGAGGCUUCAUGUAGUUUAUAGUCGCCCUGUUAGGACAGAGUGUAUCAAUAAGACGUUUGUUCGAAAGUUCCACAAAGUGAAAAUUCAACCUUCUUUUAUGGAAUCAGUUGCAUUCAGGCGACCCUGGUUUUAGACUCAAAUUGAGCUGAAAUUUUGGGGAAUAAUAGAGUUUAUCAAGACAUCAAUAUUAAGUGGAAUCAGUCGGGUGUCCCUUUGUUCGUCGUUGUUUUAGACCAAUUUUAAAUCUGGAAAAACAUCCCCUUGCAAAUUACUCGAGUGAUUAAUCGGACCAAUAUCUGUCAUUUUAAGAUAUCUGGCGUCGCCCGAUACCUGCACUCACAAGGCCGAGCAACACAAACUGUCUGGUGGCAGCCUCGUCAGUGAGCUGCUGUGUGUCGGUGCUCCCCAGAUGUCACCAUCGUCUUCUCUAAAUGUUAACACCUCUCAUCUAAAUGACAGCAGCUCUAAUCUAACAGCAUUACUUGCUAGUGUUAAAUAUAUAUACUGUAGAGAAGAAUGCAGCUAAACGACGUCUGACUGUACCCCACUCUCUCUUAGGGCGUACUCACUCUAGGCCCAGGCGUACUCACUCUAGGCCCGGGCGUACUCACUCUAGGCCCCGGCGUACUCACUCUAGGCCUGGUUGCCUUGUACCGUGCCCAGGCCCACCUCUUCAAAAGGGCCUGGGAGCGAUCACAGUGGUCAAACGGACAUUGGGGGUUAAACGUGAUCGGGCACGGAACGGAUCGCCUAGUGUGAGUACACCCUUAAACACCAGCCACGCUCUGAAAUCUACAGCAGAACCCAAAGUAUGUUUCAGUUUCAUUCAUUAAUAAAGCUUCCAUCUGAAACAGCAUGUUACUGCUGAGAUAACACGCAGAUUAGAUUGUACUCUGCAGGAAUAAUGGGAUUACACAUUACUUUUCUUUGUUAUGAUAUCGGCAUUAUAUAUCAGUCAUCAACCACCCUGCUCUAUAUAUCGGCAUCGGCCAUCGAAAAACCGGUAUUGGUCGACCACAAGGCAGAUCAACAACAAUGUUGAUCAUAUGAAGACUCUAGAACGCUCAAAUAUCUCGCCUUCAUUAACCAACUAGUUCCUCAGUGUCUGAAUGUUGGUAUCCAUCAGUAAAUGUGUCUUUGUGUGUCCAGAUGAAGGUGGAGGGGCUACAGGAGGACGGGGAUUCUGGUUCUGCGUCUUCAGCAGACCGGACCACCGCCGCUGUUCGUACCAGUGGGACAUCGGCGUGCAGCCCUGGCUCGGCUGAACGCUGCAUGUCCCGGCUGCUGAGCGCGGUGGAGAGCGAGCUACAGGCCGGCCGUGAGAAGGGGGACCCGACGGAGAGGGAGCUGAGGGUGACGCUGGAGGACGGCGAGUUGUGGAGGAAGUUUCAGCACAUCACCAACGAGAUGAUCGUCACCAAGAACGGACGCCGGAUGUUCCCGGUCCUGAAGGUCAGCGUGUCCGGUCUGGACCCCAGCUCCAUGUACUCCUUCCUGCUGGACUUCGUGCCGGCCGACGGCUGCCGCUGGAAGUUCGUGAACGGGGAGUGGGUGGCGGCCGGCCGGGCGGAGGGCCGCGGCGAGGGGCGGGGCCACGGCGGCAUCUACAUCCACCCGGACUCGCCAAACUUCGGGGCUCACUGGAUGAAGGCGGCCGUGACCUUCAACAAGGUCAAACUCACCAACAAGGUCAACGGAGGAGGACAGAUCAUGUUGAACUCUCUCCAUAAGUACGAGCCUCAGCUCCACAUCGUGUGCGUCGGCUCUCGCCAUCGUCUGGUCUCCAACGUGUCCUUCAAAGAAACUCAGUUCAUCGCCGUCACGGCCUACCAGAACGAAGAGAUCACGGCUCUGAAGAUCAAAUACAACCCGUUUGCUAAAGCCUUCCUGGACGCCAAAGAGAGGAACCCAAGUGGACGGGGUCUACCAGAGUCUUUGGGUCGAGCUGGGAUUCAACCCUGCUGGUCGCUGUGCUCAGCUGGAGGGGGCGGGGCUUUUCCUUACAGCAGCAGCCUCCCGCUGACGUCACAUCAUCACCACGGGUAUAAACACCACGGAUAUCCAGGGCGUCACACACCUUACCCCACCGCCUACCUGCCACACCGCUCACACUCCUCAGUUUGUCUGCCCGAAGGUGUUCAGGUGCUAUCAGACGGAUGGAGCAGCACCUCCCCUCGUCCCACCUCCUCCUCUUCCUCUUUACCCUCCACCGCCUCCCUUCCCCUGACCAGCAGCGCUCCUUCCUCACAGCCUCCUCCUCCUCACAACUCCAGUCAGUAUCCCUGUCUGUGGACGGUUGGAUGCAGUGAGCUAAGCCCCUCCCACUCACCCUGCGCCGCUCUCCACGGACCAAUCAGCAGCGAGAGCCUCAUGCAGCCUCCCAGUCACGGCAGAGUGAGUGGUGCUGGCUGGCCGCCUGGCCCCACCCACUCUUUUUGAGGAUGUGAUUGGCUGAAUGGAAGACUACUGGUUACUUUUUGUACAUAGUGCUAACCACUGGUGGCUACUAGUAUUUACUUGUGGGCUACCAGUAUUAACUUGUGGGCUACUAGUAUUCACUUGUGGGAUACUAGUAUUUACUAGUGGGCUACCAGUAUUUACUGGUGGGCUACUAGUAUUUACUUGUGGGCUACUAGUAUUUACUGGUGGGAUACUAGUAUUUACUUGUGGGAUACUAGUAUUUACUGGUGGACUACUAGUAUUUACUUGUGGGCUACUAGUGUUUACUGGUGGGAUACUAGUGUUUACUGGUGGGAUACUAGUGUUUACUGGUGGGAUACUAGUAUUUACUGGUGGGCUACUAGUAAAUACUUGAGGGCUACCAGUAUUUACUGGUGGGAUACUAGUGUUUACUUGUUGGAUACUAGUAUUCACUUGUGGGUUACUAGUAUUUACUUGUGGGCUUCUUGUAUUUACUGGUGGGCUACUAGUAUUUAAAGGUGGCUACUAGUAUUUAAUUGUGGGCUACUAGUAUUUACUAGUGGGCUACUAGUAUUUAAAGGUGGCUACUAGUAUUUACUAGUGGGCUACAAGUGUUUACUGAUGGGCUACUAGUAUUUACUUGUGGGCUACUAGUAUUUAAAGGUGGCUGCUAGUAUUUACUUGUGGGCUACAAGUGUUUACUGAUGAACUACUAGUAUUUACUAGUGGGCUACUAGUAUUUAAAGGUGGCUACUAGUAUUUACUAGUGGGCUACAAGUGUUUACUGAUGGGCUACUAGUAUUUACUUGUGGGCUACUAGUAUUUACUAGUGGGCUACUAGUAUUUACUAGUGGGCUACUAGUAUUUACUAGUGGGCUACUAGUAUUUACUGAUGGGCUACUAGUAUUUACUUGUGGGCUACUAGUAUUUACUUGUGGGCUACUAGUAUUUACUUGUGGGCUACUAGCAUUUACUUGUGGGCUACUAGUACCAGUAAUUGUUUGUACAUACUAGUAACCUCAGGUGGUGGUUUAUUCUGGUUACCAGUGACUGUUGUUGAAUGUUUUUACAUACUGGGGGCUACUGGUAUAUUCCGGUGGCUGUUUGCACAUGCUGGUAACAACUGAUGGUGACAAUUCACCACUGGUGACUAUUUGCACAUACUGUUGCAUACCACUGGUUGCCAGCCGUAAGUAUCGGAAGCCAAUUGUACAUACUGGUAACCACUGGUGGCUACCUAGAAGUACUGGUGGUUAUUUUUACAAAUUGGUGGCUAUGACUGGAACUGACAGUUUGUAAAUACUGGUGCCACUGCUAAUAACUGGUUUUGGCUAAUGGUAUCUACUGAUGGCUAACCUGUAUUAGCUUCUGACAGCUAGUAGAGAUCGGUGAUUACUGAAGGUCUCUGCUAGUUGCUACUGGUUGCCAAUAGUAGCCACUGGUAAAUACUGGUGGUUAGUAUCUCAUAAUGAUUGGGUGAAACUACCAAUGGGUGCUGGUGACUUUUAGUCAACAGUUGCUAUAUAAACCGCCGUAUUAAUUGCGUGUAAAUAUAUAUUUAUCAUAAUUUUAUUUCUGCAGUUAAUAAUUAUAGAAAAUUAGCCUGUCAACGUUAUACCAUUAAAAAGAAAACAGUCCUGAUGAUGAUUAUUUAAAAUAGUUUUUCCUAUCAACAUGAUCAGAGGAUCUAUAUACUGGUUUUGUUGGUGUGGUGGCGCCCUCUGGUGUUGGAGGUUAAUGGGAGGGUACUGACAGCUGGUUGUUCUGCCUGUCUUUAUUCCAACAUGUAUAUCUGUACAGUCCAUCAGCUGGGGUUGAUAUUUGAUUGACAGGGCUCGUUGCUAAUCACCUUUAUAAAGUAAAAAGACAUAUUUCCAGUCCUGGUUAGUCUGUUAUUUCAGCUGCUGCGUGUUUGUUGUUGUCUACCUACUUCUGGAAAGCAGAAACAAAUAAAAUCAAAUUUCAUAUCUGUUCCCUGUGGAAAUACUGACUUGUUUUUCUUCUUCUUCUUCUUUCUUCUUCUUCUGCUCUUUGUUGUUCGCUGCUGCAUGACGUUUACAGCAUGGAUGAGACAGAAAAACAGAAGGGUUGCUGUUAUUCUGCUCUGUGUCAAUAAAGUUUUAAAGGAAAAAAUAGCUUGAAAUAUUUUAGUUUUCCUCAACAAGAAGAAACCUUCACUGGGAAAUACAGAAAGAGAGUUAACUGCAACAAAAAACCCCAAACAGAAAUAAAACA